CUAGAAAGCUCUUGGAGACCGACCCACCGACUACGAGUCAGGAAAUCAAGAUGAUGGCCUUAAAAAGGCUGGAAAAGAAAGCGAUUCUAGUUCAUUUUGGUUUCCCGCAUCGCUGGCGAUAGUACAGGCUAUCUGACAUUAUGUGAGCCAAUCUCAACAAAGAAGAUUUAGUUAGUGAUCGUCAAGUACUGUCUUUACUUCGGGAAAAUAGCCUUAUCUUUAUCCCAAGGCUUCUAAAAAAUAUAAGGAAAGUCUCUCAGUUUCCAUACGCGACAUCUGGCCCAUGAUAUACAGUAUAUCUCCGAGCCCCCAUCGCUAUUGCCGUCUGUGCCUGUAAGCUGACUUAAUGAGACGGCCGGAACUCAUCGCACUUCAAAACCCGGUCGAGCGACGGAGCACGAAAGGACAUCAACUUCAAUGGGGGGGAGGCCGUCGGGGAGAUCAUGCCUCCUUCUGCUCCCCGUGCGUCUGAACCGCUCCAAGUCGUGCUUGGGACAAAGGAUGAUGAACAGCACAUUCUGGUGUGGUCCGGACUCUUUGUGGGGGCGCUCUCGCCUUCAAGGAGCCACUCGCGCUGAUCCCAUGCAUCACCAUUAUCAUCCAAUGGACCUUCGAUUCAGUCGUCGGACUCAAAACAACCGGGAUGAUGAUCCAUGUCUGUCUUCGAGAAUGAGGCGAGUGUGAAACUUGAGUGAGAGGAGGGUCAUUUUGGGGUGCGAGAGAACACGAACGGCACUCGUCAUCGAGACGCGCUCACAGUUCAAUCUUCAUCGUGUGGCCGUGACAGCCACCGUCCUUCCGUCCAUCCGGUCAACUGCGGGAUAGGCUCGUGUUUUGGGUGUAUUUGUUGUUGUGUGAAAAAGUAAAACUGAUCGAUCCUACUCGGAAGUAGUGCGGAGUUGGCUUCAUCUCGUUGGAUUUUUUCGCUCCUGGCAAAAAAACAACUCAUUCGAGUUUUCCAGGACACAUGAGCCUUGACAUGGAAACACCGGCCACUUGAUUUCAACGGCUUCUUUCCAACAGGCUUUCCCAGGAGGGAAAAGAACGACAGGAUAUCGGUCAACUCUGAGAUCAAUGUGAUGUUGCCAUAGAAGCCACGAAGAAUUUCAAAUCAUCCAGCUUUUUGCAUCAUUCUCGAGUUCUCCAAUGGAGGGGCCAAGUUUGCAUGUGAGUGGAGCUCAUUGGAACAAGGGAAUUGGAAGCAUGAAGUGGAGAGUCUUUGGCGACCAACUGCUUGGAGUGCUUCCGUGCUGAGUGUGAGCCUCGAUCAACCUCCAAGGCCGCACCACUAGCAUAAAACCGAAUCCAUCCACCACGUAACCAAACAAGUGAUUAGACCAAAAUAACAAUAACACACACGAAAACGAGGAAAAAAGACAUUAAACCAGAAACAUAUCGCCUGCAUUCUUCGACACCCCUGGUCCACUUCCACCAAAAAGAGGGGACAACCAAGACCAGGGAAGAAAAGAAGUGACUGACUGACCUUCGUUUCUAAUCGACGCUCACCAAUCUCAUCAAUCCAGUUGAGCCAUUGGAAGUUUGGAAUUUGAGUUUGUGCAAGAGAAAAAAAAAGAUGACUGAAAUCAGACGAAACUCUGAAAAUCCUUUCUUGAGUAACUUCGCCCAAGAAGGCAAGCUAUCCCACCUUGAACCCUCUCAUGAUCGAAAAGACGAGGAGGACGAGGAGGAAGAAGUUUCGGCCACCAGUGAAUUGCUGCCCGUUCCGCCAGAUGGCGGUUGGGGUUGGGCGGUGGUGUUCGCCUCGUUCAUGAUCCAUGUUAUUGCUGAUGGCAUCACCUACACCCUUGGGAUUUUCGUUGUGGAAUGGAUGACUGAAUUCAAACAGGGGCGCGGAUUCGCUUCGCUCGUGCCAUCCAUAUUGGUGGGCGUGACUCUAGGCGUAGGUCCCAUCGCUUCUGUGCUCACCACCCGGUACGGAUGGCGAAUCGUGACGAUCGUGGGGGCGGUGAUUGGGGCGGCUGGAUUGGCCGUCAGUGCGGCUGCACCCAAUGUGGCCAUGCUAUAUGCGUCAAUAGGAGUGGUGGCUGGCCUCGGGUUCGGAUUCAUUUACUUACCCGCCAUCGUCAGCGUAUCCGGGUAUUUCGAGAAGAAGCGAGCUUUCGCUACGGGCAUUGCCGUGUGCGGCUCAGGCUUUGGCACUUUCAUUUUUGCACCGCUCAACAGCUACCUUAUCCAACAUUUCGAAUGGAGGGGAGCUAUUCUUUUCGUGGCGGCCGUGGUUUUGUUUUGCGCUCUUUUGGGACUGAUUUUCCGGCCUUUAACUCCGACGAUUGCCAUUGACGAAGCCUCCGAAAAUCAGGACCUCGCUCCCAAAGCUGACGAAGAAGCCAAUAACGACGGGCUCCACGGCAACCAAAAACUCCCACCAGAAAUCCAGUUGAAUGGGGAUUCCAUGAAGCCCCUCGCGUUUCAGAUGGGAAACGCGAAUGGGAACUUUGAUGGGGUGGGUCGAUUUGCGCUCAGCCAUCCCGUGCUUUCCAACAGCCCCGCCAAGAAAAAUGUUGUACAAUUUGGAUCUCACUCUCGCAUCUAUGAAUCUUCCACACCUGCAGUUCAAAACCAAUCACACCACCCCCAUGCCCACCGCCACUCCCACCAUCAUCUUGGGCACCCAUCCAGCGCCAUGUUUCGAAAGGACAUCUUCUACGCUGCAAGCCUUGAAAACAUCCCUGAAUACAAGAGCAAUCCUAAGCGCUAUUCCCGCCAAAUUCAAAAGGCUCAGACCGAAGAGUUGAAGAGAGAGUUGAAGAGUCAAGUGACCACACCCACCACCUCCUUGACCAAUAUGGCUCCUGAUACCAAGGAGGACCCAUCGUCCAGUUCUUGCUGCAGCUGCUUGAAAUCGUCCAAAGCGUUCCGGCAAAUGGUGGACAUGUCCCUUAUCAAGGACGGCGUGUUCCUCAUUUUCGCCAUUUCUAAUUUCUUCACCAGCAUUGGAUUCAACAUUCCAUACGUUUACACAGUGGAUCGAGCUUUAUUGUUGGGGAUCGAUGUUCAAAAGGCAAGUAUGUUGUUGUCCGCCAUUGGAAUUGCUAACACAGGGGGUAGGAUCGUUCUUGGCUACAUAUCCGACAAAUCCUGGUUCAACCGUCUUCAUCUCUACGCUGGUUGCAUCAUUGUUUGUGGCCUAUCCAUGUGCUUGAGCAACUACUGUUUGAAUUACGCGAGUCAAGUCGUGUAUUGUGCCAUUUUCGGUGUCACCUCUGGGGCCUACAUUGGUUUGACGCCCGUCGUCCUGGUUGACCUCCUCGGUUUGGAUAAACUGACCAAUGCGUUUGGCUUACUGAUGUUAUUCCAAGGGAUAGCCUCGGUCAUUGGACCACCCAUCACGGGUAUUCUUCGCGAUUUGUCCGGAGACUUUGAAACUGGCUUCUACUUUGCCGGUGGCAUGAUUGUCUUCUCUGGCGUGAUACUCGUGUUGAUCCCUUGGUUGGAACGUCGUCGAAUGAAGGCCAAUACGGAUGUAGAGAUCUAGAGGCAGCUCUCAACAACAAAAAAUACGCUAUUUUUUCAUUCUUGUGUGACACACGAUUGCCUUGAUGAUUGUCUGUAACCUCUUGUAACCUCAACCCGUGCUCUGUAUGAAUUAUGGUUCUUUUUUCUCAAUGAGAAUACUGAUAGUUCUUUUUAAUCAAUCAAAAAACAGGAUACUAAAACAUGAUUCAUCUCGAG